AUGGAGGAUGAACAAUCAUCAUCAUCUUCAAUCACAGCUUCUACAAAUCAAUCAGGUAAUUAAAAACAUAAACUGAUAAAAUUGUCUUCUCCCGCUAACAAACUUCCUGUUGCGAAACAUUUUGGGUUUCAUUUUUCUUUCUUUUUUUCACGUUUGUAACUCAAAAAAGUUUAGUUUUCGCCUCUACUAAUGUACCCAGAAAGCAUUUACGAAAUUGACAAUUUCGUUUAUCUUUUUUUUGUGUCCGAAGAAGUUUCUUUUUUCCGAAAAUUGGAAAACGAGAAAAUGCGGAGGAGGAAAAAAAGGAGUGAAGUUUUAUCCGGACAAAAAUCGCAGAAUAGUUCCCUUGAGAAUCACAAACCACCAAAUAUAUAUCUAGACAGCAGCAAAAAGUUAAGUUUCUAAGGGAUCUCAAACAAAUAUUGAAAUUUUUUGAAAGCUACCAGAAUGAUUUUUAGAUCCUUCGUCUUUUUCAAAUCUAUAAAUUUGAUAAUAAAAUCACUUUGCAGUUGAAUUGUUGGUUUCUUUUUCAUUCAACUGAAACGAACAAGUAUCCAUGAAUUAAUUAGUGUUCUUUAUUAUGCAUAGACUCGUUUUUUUAAUGCAAAAUUCAAAUCGGCGCCAACUUUUAGUCUCUAUAUAUUCUUCUUCACAGAAAAAAAAAAGAAGAAAGAAAGAAGAAGAUUGAAUUUGAGGGGAAAAGUUGUGGGUCCUCUCGACGAACAAAAGAAUGAAUAAAUGUGUGAGAAAAAACGCUAAAGGAUGCUCUUUUUUCCUCACUUUUUGACUACUACUACUACUUUUCGAUAAAUAUUUUUGUUGGUUUACUUUUAGGGAGUCAGACAUCAGAAAAAUAAAGAAACAAACGAACAAAAACAAGUACUGUAGAAAUAUUUGAUGGCCAAUUCAACUCAACGAAAAAACAUCUUGAAUCAAUUAGCCCACGCUUAAAUUGUUGUUUCAGCAAAAGAAAUAAAAGUUUCAGAGCUAAACAAAAAAAAGUUUUUUUUUUCAUUUUAGAAGACACGUAGGAAUAAUAACAAAGAAAAAUGGGGGAGAAUCCCUUGAGAGUUGAGAUUAGACCUUGGGUAAGAAAAUGAAUGAAUGAGUCACAAGAGAGAUAAAAAGAAGGAAAUUUGAAAUUGUAGUUGUAUAGAAAAAGGAAGGAAAUAUUGUGGAAUAAAAUACCGAAAAACAAUAAUAAUCAUAUCAUGGAAAAUUACAAAAAAAGAGGAUUGACCAAUUGCUAGAUGUGAUUUUCUAUAGAACUGUAUUAGAAAAAGAGAAUUUUAAUAUCUGACCAAAAAAAAUUCCAACUAACCUCGAGCCACACUUUUAAUGUCAUUUUCCAUAUCCGAAAAAUUUCGAAAUAAAACAUUUCCACGUUAAAUUUUCAAAUUAAUUUGAGGUCACAAAACACGUGUUUUUCAUUUUUUUUUUCAAAAUCAACCAUUUUUGGCAUUUUCAAUUUUAUAUACGCAAAAGAAAUCAAAGAUUCCAAAAAAAUCGAGUUAGUUUUCUCUUUGUCAAUGAUGUUAUAAUUUUCAGAACGCUAAACCAUAAUCAAAUUUUCAAAUAAAUUGAAUAAUUUCUGAUCUUUAUAGGUAUCUCAACUUCUGGUUCUUUAAUUGUAAAUCGACGCCGACAAGAAGGAAAUCCAGUAUUGAAAUAUGUUCGAAAUGUCCGUUAUGAAUGGGGCGAUAUUGCACCAGACUUUGAAUGCGGUUCAACUUUUGCCGUGAUUUAUUUGAGUUUUAAGGUUUGCGAUUUGGCGGGUACAAUUGAAAUAUUUGCAGAAAAGAUGAAGGUGUGAAAUAUUUAUUCUUCACUUUUUUUUGACGUCACAGCUGUUCUCGGACUAAAAACCUCGAAAUGAUAUAAAUAAAGCUGUCAAUAAUAAUUCGUCAAAAAAUAGUGAGAAAAAAAGAAGAGGAUGAAUUUUGAAGAACUUGGGGGAACUUUUUUAUGUUCUUUUAUGAUCUCUUUUUUCGGUUUCGAAAAUUUCAUGAAAUUAAAUUAGAAAUUGUAUACAUUGAUGAAUGAAGGAUUACCAUAUACUUUGAAAAUUAGAAAAUGAAAGAAACACCUAAUCCUUCGACGGAUAUGUCUAGUUUGCUAAUUUAUGAACAAAAAAGGGAUAUGAAAAAUUAUUUAAUUUUUUUUACAGUAUCAUAAAAUGCAUCCAAACUAUGUAUAUAGUCGUUUAAGUGCUCGAGCAGAAAAUAAUUACAAGAACAAAGUUUUAUUGGCAUUUUGUAAUGUUGAAGAACCUCGACACGUUCUUCGAGAAUUGAAUAUGAUGUGUUAUAGACAAUCAUGGACUCUUGUUGUUUGUUAUUCGGUAAUUUAUAGAUUUAUCCAAUGAUUUUAUUUCAAUUAUAAUAAUUUCAGGUUGAAGAAGCUGCUGAAUAUAUCGAAAAUUUCAAACUUUCGCAAUCAAAAGAUGUUACAUUUAAGUAAGUAUGUUUUCUGAACAACACAAAACAAGAUGAAAGAAGGGAAAAAAAGAGUCGGAAAUUAUACGCGCGCUCACUCUUUUUACCAAACACUAUUUUGUUGGUUAGACUCGAUCAAGCGAGCUAUUGUUCCGACACAAAAGUUUUUUUUCCCGCAUUUUCUUUGUUGGUCAGAUGUUUUGAGGGAUUCAUAUUUUUCUCUUCUUCAGAAAACCCAAUCAGUCUGCCACGGAUGACGCGAGACAAAAAGCAUUGGAAGCGGCGAUUGGAAUAUUGACAUCGGCUAGAAAUAUUUCGAAAACUGAUGCUCAAAGACUUCUUUUCAAUUUCGGAACAUUGGAAAAUAUUUGCAAAGCUGAUGAAUCUCAACUUGCUCUAAGUCCUGGAUUAGGACCUAUCAAAGCCAAAAAUCUUCAUGCAUUUUUAAGAUGUCCACUUUCUAGCUGA